GCAGACGCUCCUGGUUAAAAUAUGCCAAGUGCCAGUACAAAGUAUAAUAAGGCAACAAUGAUGUAUCAGCUUGUGGGAACAUCAUUUCUCUUGAAUCAGCUGCUGUGGCACACUAGUGAAACCAAGUGUGGGGAAGAUGAAUAUGUGAUCAAUGUAAUGAUGCUAAAUGACUUUGAUAAUCCAGUGAUAUCAGAGAACUUAAAACCAACUGUAGAACUGGGGCUCAGAAUCGUGAAUAAAAUUCUGAAAGAAAACAACAUGACUGUCAAUGUAAGUGCUACAUAUGAUGUGUUCAACACAUCUAUCUAUUCCUCACAAGGGUGCCGCAGUACCACUUGUGAAGGUGUGACAUUUGUUAAACAGCUCAAUGCUUAUCAGAAACUUGGUUGUGUUGUCCUGGGUCCUAUGUGUUCAUUUGCCACAUAUGAGUUGGUCACAUCAGAGAAUAUAUUGGAUCUCCCUCUGAUUUCUAUUGGGAGUUUUGGUCUGUCUUGUGACUUCAAAAAAAACUUAACAAGGAUGUUAACACCAACUAGGAAAGUGACCUACUUCUUGAUUGAUUUCUGGAAAAAUAGCGAUUUGACAUUCAAAAAGGAUGUGUGGAGAUCAGUUUAUGUCUACAGGAAGAAUGACAUCAAUGAAGACUGCUACUGGUAUAUGAAUGCCCUAGAUGCUUCAGUUACAGAUUUCUCACAAUACAUGGAGUUCAAGGAAAUUCUAAGGACCCCAGAAGAUUUGCAAAAAAUUGUGAAAAGUUCAGAUCGAAAAAGCAAUGUAAUCAUCACAUGUGGUACUCCAGAUGAUAUCAAAAUAGCCCUUGGGGACAAAGGAGUGGAUGAAGAUAUAGUUUUCAUCCUGAUGGAUCUUCACAGUAACAUUUCUUAUGAAAAUAGUCGCUCUGAUAGUUACAUGCGAAAUGUCCUUGUUCUGACUCUUGCACCAGCAAAUUACAGCUCAAUUUUAAAUCAUAGUAGGACUUUCAUGGAUACGGAGAAGAUCAAUUUGCUGAGAAAUGACAUCCUUCUGGGAUACGUGGAUGCAGUUUUACUCUUUGGACAUGCUUUGAAAGUCCUUUUGUUCAGACAAGAAUCAGUUGGUCCUGUUAAUUUGCUUAACCAAUUCCGGAAUAGCACAUUUGAAGGUAUUUUAGGUCCUAAAAUCUUGGAUGGAUAUGGAGAUAUUGAUGUCAAUUUCAGUAUUUUCUACACAUCAACAGAUACCAAAGAAUUUAAACCCCUCCUGUGGUUCGACACAAAGUUGAACAAAACUGUUGAGAAGACAACGAUGCCUGGAUUCAUCUGGAAAAACCACAUGCUACCUACUGAUACUCCUAGCAGUGGUCCCCACUUCCUGGCCAUAGCUGUUUUCACACUUACUGGAAUUGUAGUGCUAGUUGUGAUCAUUGCUUUGUUGGUGCUGAGGAAGUACAGAAGAGCCAAUCAAUUGCGGCAAAAGAGAUGGUCCCAUAUUCCACCGGAGAAGAUACUACCAUUGAAUACUAAUGAGUCAAAUCAUGUUAGUCUGAAGAUUGAUGAAGACAAAAGGCGGAAUACUGUUCAAAGGCUGCGUCAAGGCAAAUAUGAUAAGAAGAUAAUAAUUCUGAAGGAGUUCAAACACAAUGAUGGAAAUUUUACAGAGAAACAGAAAAUAGCUCUAAAUAAGGGAAUGUCUUACUUGCAUUCAAGCAAAACAGAGGUCCAUGGGCGCCUGAAAUCCACAAAUUGUGUUGUUGAUAAACGCAUGGUUGUGAAAAUCACUGAUUUUGGCUGCAAUUCUAUUCUGCUCUCUAAAAAAGAUCUCUGGACUGCUCCUGAACACCUCCGCUGUGGUGAUGAAUCGCAGAAAGGUGAUGUGUAUAGCUAUGGAAUUAUAGCUCAAGAGAUUAUUCUGCGUAAAGAGACUUUCUACACUAACCAUUGUCGGAAUGCUAAAGAAAAACUUUAUAGAGUAGAAAGCAGCAAAGAAGAAAGACCAUUCCGGCCAGAUCUUUUAUUGGAGACAGAAGGAGAGCGAGAGCGAGAGCAAGAUAUAUAUUGUCUAGUGAAAAGCUGCUGGGAAGAAGAUCCAGAAAAGAGGCCAGAUUUUAAGAAAAUUGAAACUACUCUAGGUAGGAUAUUUAGCAACUACCACAACCAAAACAAUGAGAGCUAUAUGGACACAUUGAUCCGACGCCUGCAGUUGUAUUCGCGAAACCUGGAGCAUUUAGUAGAAGAGAGAACCAAGCUGUACAAAGCAGAACGAGAUAGAGCUGACAAACUAAAUUUCAUGCUUCUCCCACGGCCUGUGGUAAAAUCUUUGAAGGAGACUGGACUUGUGGAGCCAGAAUUAUUUGAAGAAGUCACCAUCUACUUCAGUGACAUUGUGGGCUUUACAACCAUAUGUAAAUACAGCACACCUAUGGAAGUGGUAGACAUGCUGAAUGACAUCUACAAGAACUUUGACCACAUUCUUGAUCAUCAUGAUGUUUAUAAGGUGGAGACUAUUGGAGAUGCAUAUAUGGUAGUAAGUGGUUUACCAAACAGAAAUGGUAACCGUCAUGCAGUGGACAUUUCCAUGAUGGCCCUGGAUAUACUCAGUUUCAUGGGGUCAUUUGAAUUACAACAUCUUCCUGGCCUUCCUGUAUGGAUUCGAAUAGGAAUUCAUUCUGGUAUGAGGAUUCUAUCAAACAUUUGAUAAAAACAAACAAAGCAAGCAACGAUGUUUAAUAUCAUGUUUACGUUUUCCUAAAGUAAUAAUGGAAAUUAUUAUAAUAAUUUAGAAAUUAUUAUAAAUUAUAAUGGUAUUAUAUAUUUAUCAGGAUUUAAAAUAUUACCUUUAAGGAAAUUAUCAGUGGUGACCAAUUAUUCAAAAAAGAAUAUAGUGAAUAUUAUAAAGAUAAUAUCAAGCAUAAAUAGCUUCCUAAUAUUAUUGAUCAAUAUUUCCUUGUAAUUUGUAUUUUGUAUACACUUGUAUACAAAAUUCAGAAUUUCUGUACUGUUCAUGAAAACUGCCCUCAAGAAAGCAUUAUUAAUGAAUUAUGUUUUAAUUAAGCCACCACAGACAUUCCGCUCUAAAUUCCUCUUCCUCAAUAUUGUGUAGUUGUUGUUUAGUGCUUUUUAUGACAUAGAUUUGUAUUUCUCCCCCUUUAAUUUUUUCUAGAAAUUCUCUUGUUUUUUGUACCGAAUUCAAUCUAAACUUCUGUUGUUUAAAAGUAAAGAUCCACUUGGUCCUAUCAAAAUGGUAUCUUUUUUCUGUUUAAACUUUUCAGGAAAAAAACUCUUUUAUCUUGCUCAUUAUCUUGAUCAAAAUUUCUUUAAGUACAAUUGCAUCUACAUUGUUAAUCUUCAGUCUGAUCUUAGAAUGCUGCCUCAAAACAUGGUCUUUGGUCUUCUUCCUGAAAAAGUACACAAGAAUAUCCCUUAAUAUAUUUCUUAAUUUUGCAAAUGUAUUAAUCCUAUAUAUUUUGCUCUGCCCAUGUACCAUUUUCAUCUCAUUCCAAAAAAAUUUAUUAAAGAUUAAAUAAUUUUUUCUAGUGUCUUUACCAGGAUUUUCUGGAAUUCAUCUUGAAGGACCCACUUUUAUCUUUGGAUUACAAAUUUUAAAAAUGGUUACCACUGCAAAUGUAGCAAAGUGUUGUGAGGGAAGAAGAUUCUUAAAACAAGCAAUAAAACAGUAUUAUCUUGGGAAUAUUACAAAAAAAAAUUGAAAAGAUUGUGGGGGGGAGUAUCCAAAUCUGUCAAAUCUGUUUAAGGUGGCUGCAUCUGAAGAGAAAAUGGAAGAAAGGUUUGUAAAGAUGAAAGAGUAAAUGAAAGAAGAAGAAGAUGAAAACAAACUGAAGAAAUUGAGGAGAAUAAAAAAAAUACUGAUAAAGUAAAAUGAAAGAAUAGAGAGAUGGAAAAGGACUUAGACAAUUUGACAUAACUGGAAUUGAGAGGAAAAGAAUUCUGCUUGAGAUUCAGAAAUAAGAGGAUUUUAGAUUUGGAAGAGCACUUAUUUCCCUCUCAUUAAUUGAAAAUUCCCAUCACUCAACUUAUUAUUAACAAGGUGGAUAGUCUUUUGACAUGGGACAUUCAAUUGUAGUUUGUGUAAUAAACCUUCCUUCUAGACUGUGUCAUAUGUUGUUGACUGCAAAGGAGUGCUUAGACUAAGUGCAUUAAAGACUGCAAAUAAAUUACUGAACUGAUACUUUUUUACUAUUUCAAUAGAAAAAAAUAUUAAAGAAAUAUUGAUAUUUAUCUCUUAUGCUCUUCCCAUUUGAGAGAAGCAACUAUGCAAAGUCUAGAAGAUGAGUAAGAAUCAGUAAUGGAAAGAAAUUAACAGCAGAAAAGGAAACUAAAAUAUAGUUUAUAUCAUCACUUAGCAGCAUUUAAUGUAUCUUUCCAUGUUUUUCAGUAUUGCAAACCAUCCUUUUUUCACCAUGUCCAUUCAACAAUUCAUGUGUGGUCUUUAAUUCAUGUGCUGUCUUUUGUUCGACAUAUUCCUUACAUUUCUGUUUUUCAGAAUUUAAUCAGUUGCACCCAACAGUAAAAUUUUCUAUCUUCUCCUUAUUCCCAGCCCAUCCACUCUUCCUUCAGAUAUUUUUUUUUAUAGUGUUUGACCAAAUAUGUCUUGGAUUUCAGUGCAAUAUUUUUCAGACUGAUAUACCUCAUUAUAUUAUAUAAUCUCUUGCACAGUCACUACAAAUCACUCAUAUUCUCAAUUAUCAGCAUGAUAUCAUCCGUGAACAAAGCCACAUCCACAUUUGUGUAUGCAACACAAAUCUAAUAUCAGUAUAAACAUUUCUUAAUUAUUUACCUAUACAUACAGUAUAUUAAAUAAUCAAGUGACAUCACAUAUCUUUGUUUUACAUAGAAUAACUUUUCACAGUCAAACAAUUCCUAAUAAUCUACUAAAAAAAUUAAAUAAGCAAGCAAGCAAAGAAACAAACAAACAAAUAACGGAAUAAGGUGUUUGUUAAUUUUUGCUCAAUGCCAGGAUAUUUCAAUCAGCAUUCUGCUGAGUAUCUUCCCAAGCACAUUUAUCAAA